GCAUACCAGUUUCGGUGAGCAGUAAAGCUCACCAUCAGCCAGUGUUUUCCCGAGCAGAGCUCGUUUUGCGUGAGUACAAUUCACCGGUAGCAUGUUGUCGGUUAAGCAGCUGGUUUGCUUUCUGCUGUCGUUGCUCUCGUUCCUGUCGGUGUUUUACUCCGUGGGUAAAUUGGGCGUUUUCCUGGCAACGCCGUGCCGCGCCCAGCGGACGGUGACACAAGCGCUGCCUGCAACUCAUGCGGAGCUGCAAGCGGCGCUGUUUCCUCUGUUCUUCAACUCAGUGUGGGUGGUGUUGUUUGUGCUCCAGCACAGCUUCAUGCGAGCCGACCGGGUGAAGCGUUUCUGGAGUGCCAUUGGCCUGGAGCUGGCGGAACGGAGUCUGUACAACAUCGCGUCAUCGUACUGCUUGCUGUUGCUGCUCAAAAAUUGGCAUUCCCCACCCACGCAGUACCGCCUGUGGUUUUUCGAUGUGGAUGGAAACACCACCCUCUGGUGGGUGAUGGUUGGGGCGCACGUACUGUCCUGGAUCGUCGUGUACGGGGGUAGCCUAAUGGUGGACCUACCGGAGCUGAUCGGGCUGAAGCACGUGUACUACGACAUCAACGAUUUGGCACCGCCGAUGUCGUACAAAUCGCACCAGCUGCAGAGCUACUACAAGCGAUACCGCCAUCCGUCGUUUGUGGCCCUCACGGUGGUGCUGUGGUUCACCAACGGCAUGACCAUCGAUCGUUGCCUGCUGGCCGUUGUUUGGAGUGUGUACAUGUACCUUGCUUGGAACACGACCAAGGAGGAUUUGAAGUACCAGCAGGCUCAGCUCGAACGGAAGCGCACCGAACUGGUCCGAGUCUCGGAGUAGGAGGUGUUCGGUGCAUCAGAGCGUUUGCAUCCUGCCAUUUUCAUUUUCAUUAUGGUGCCUUUCCCCCCGAAACAGGCCAACAUAAAUGUGUUUCAACUGACUGACUAAUUUAUUAUAGCACGGUGAGGGUUUU